AUGAAGCCCCUCUGCUCUUACUGGGAUAUGAAGAGCAAUGGGUGGUCCCAGGUAGGCUGUCGGUUGAAUAAUUCAACGUGGAACGAGACUUUUUGCGAGUGUUCACACCUAACUAACUUCGCCCUACUAAUGACUCCAAUUGAUGUUGAGAUUGAAGCCUGUAUAACAGUUGCAGUAUUGUUGCAUUACUUUUACCUGGUGGCAUUCUUCCUGAUGCUGGCAGAGGGGGUUGAGUUUAUGAGCUUGUUCGUACGCGUUUACGAAGACAGCAAGGCCGAGAGGAACACCAACAUCGCCAUUAGUCUGGCUUGGGGCAAAUGUUGGCUGUCGGUAGAGUCAGGUCUUAUAUGGGCAUUUGUUGGUCCUGCUUUGUUUGUUAUUGCUAUUAAUCUUGUGCUUUUUGUGGCCAUCAUGUAUAAGAUAUGCCAUGAGAGUAGUUCUCGAGAACGAAAAAGCAAGUUUAAAGUUAAAAUAUUGAGUGUAGUCUUCAUACUACCUCUACUCGGACUAACAUGGAUCUUUGGGGUUCUCUCCGUCAGCAAAGACCUUAUAGCAUUCCAGUACAUAUUCGCUAUUGCCAACUCGUUACAGGGACUCUUCAUAUUCAUAAUUCAUGGUCUUAGAACUCGAAGGGAGAAAACAAAAUACGACAUGAAAAACUCAAGCUCCAGUAAUGGCAAAAAGGGCCACAACAACAAAAAAAGUAACGCCAGGCCACCGGCCAAAUCCAACUUUCGUCAGGAUAGAUUGAUGUCCCAAUCGACCGCCACGUCUAGCUUAUCCUCUGGACAGCCCAACUCAUCUACCCCAUCGACGAGUAGCGAAUUCGGCGACUACGAUUUAAGCCCGAAUAACACUUAUCCAAAGCCCCCACCUAGAAAUAAUUUCGACCCAACCAUCCUCCAACAAACAAAAUCACUUCCGAUGCCACAGUCCCAGCCAUCCUAUCACGAAAAUCGAGGUUACCUUCCGGAUAUUGCCGAAGAAAACGAGUCAAUCAACGACGCAAAAAACAGCGUUCGAGGAGCUGCAUUUGACGCCCUGGCGACCAACUACCGAAUUGACGACGACGACGACGAGUCGGUCUCGUCGUCGUCCGCUGCUGACAGCGACAACCACCACAACAUCGUAACGGCCAUUGGAGACAAUCAGAUGAAAUAUCGCGUACUUAGGACUAGGGACAUAAAAAAGAUGAAAAAUAAUCAGCAGGAAAUGAUGGACGUAGGCAAGGUUGUUGCGCAACCGCCAAAGCCUAAAAAACCUGUCAGUAGACCGAGAGGCAGCAGUCACAGCAAUCGACCGAAGUUGCAAUUGCAGAGUAGCACCGAUAGUCAAGUUGUUAAGAGACUAACCUCUUGUUAG